AUGACACCAACCACGGUCGUAGAUUUUUCAAGUUACUACAAGAACCUCCUCAUUGCUAUUUUUGAGGUUGUGACCGACUUCUUUCAAGGUAGCCGUCCAGAUAAAGAAAAGGUCUUAAAGAACCAAAUUCAUUGCUCUUUCCUGACCGUAUUACUUGCAAUAAAUGAGGCGUGGUCAUUACUCUUGACACCCAAGCAAUCAUCAAAGGAAUUCUCAUUCUUCUGUAACUUCCUUCAUGCUUUACAACAUAUACCUACAAACCAAGGCUUUUUUGCCAUAUUAACCAAUACGACUUCCCAGGUUGCCAAUUUUAACCCAGCACCCAAAUAUGAUCCUAGCGCAAGAGAUGAGAUUGCUGCCGGUGAUUGGCUUUUCAAUCCAAUAUAUCAAAUCUCCACGCUUGAUGUCCUGGUCUCGCCCAAGCUGCCUCGAUCCUGGAAAGAAUUGGUGUCAGCUGCUUGA